AAACUUGAAAGCUUAAAAGUUGUGGCUGCACUGUUUCAGUACUUCGUCCCUGUCUGUCUUUCGACCAAAACUCUGAGAAGAGUCAUCAUUGAGAUCAAUGGAGACAACAGUUGAUACGACGAUUACUUGGGUGAUUAAAAAUUUCUCUUCUUUGCAAUCUGCACCAAUUUAUUCCGACAUAUUCGUUGUUGGUGGCUGCAAGUGGCAAGUAGAUAGACUGUUUUUAUUUGUUUUAACCAACGGGUUGUUGGCCCAGUAGUAAAUCUCCGAGUUUAAGGCGUAUUAUGGCCUACCCCAAGGGAAUUAACAAAGCUCAUGAUAGUUUUUCUCUGUUUCUAAACGUUCCUGAUAACGAAUCUUUACCUACUGGAUGGCGAAGACACGCUAAAGUUUCUUUUAGUUUAGUAAAUCAAGGUUCAGAAAAACUCUCUCAACGAAAAGUGACUCAGCACUGGUUUGUUCAAAAGGCUUUUACCUGGGGGUUUCCAGUAAUGAUUACCCACACCGAACUUAACGCCAAAAUGGGAUUUCUGGUAAAUGGAGAACUCAAAGUUGUUGCUAAGAUAGAGGUUCUUGAAGUUGUAGGGAAAUUAGAUGUAUCAAAGGAAUCUUCACCAAUAAUGAAAACCAUAGAUGUCAAUGGGUUUCAAGUUCUUCCUUCACAGGUAGAUUCUGUGAAGCGUUUGUUUGAAAAAAACCUAGAUAUUGUAUCAAAAUUUCGUCUUAAAAAUCCAUAUUUGAAGACUGCGUGCAUGAAUCUCCUCCUGAGUUUAACCGAAACGCUGUGUCAAUCGCCUCAAGAACUCUCCAAUGAUGGUCUCUCUGAUGCAGGUGUUGCACUGGCAUAUUUGAUAGAAACAGGGCUUAAGUUGGAUUGGUUGGAGAAGAAACUUGAUGAAUUAAAGGAAAAGAAGAAGAAAGAAGAGUCUUGUUUGGUCCGGCUGAGAGAAAUGGACGAACAGCUUCAGCCAUUUAAGAAGAGGUGCUUAGACAUUGAAGAUCAGAUAAGUAAGGAGAAAGAAGAGUUGUUAGCAGCUAGAGAACCUCUCUCUUUGUACGAUGACAUUGACAAUAAUGUCUGA